GAAAACUUAGUUGUACCAAACACACAGAUAAAAUUGCUCAGCUUGUUCACGUAUUUUCCAGAAUUAUAUUAACUUAAUUGAACUAGUUGCUGCAACUACAACUGCAAGCGGCGCUCAGAGCAGGUAUUUACAUAUUCUACAUAUAUGGGAUAUAUAAGAUUCAGCAUCUCACUGAAAUAUCUCUCAUUUAAACGCAAGUAACGCGUUUGCUUGGUGAACGGAAAAUAUAAACAUACGAAUAUUAUAAAAACUAAUCAAUAUAUAAGUUUUAUACGAUGUUCGAUGCGUUAGAGCUUGGCUUGGUUUGUUUCUUUGUGACUGUCGUCUAUGUGAAAGGCCUGGAAUAUUAUACGGAAAAACCAUCAUAUAUUGAAUCGUGUCGCAUCAAAGAGCCCGACUUUACGAACUGCUCAACGCGUUCCAUACAAGCAUUUCUAAACGAGGUCAUCAAAGGCAUACCCGAAAUUGAGGCGUCUUUCGGACCCAUCGAUCCCAUGAAACAGGAUCAGCUGACAUUCACACAAACGAAUAGCUAUGUUUCCUCUAUAUCGGCCAAUCUAAGCGAUCUGGUGAUACGUGGCUUUGGCAAAACAAUAGUCAAGGAAAGCAAGGUCAGCAAAAAGGACUUUAGCUGGCAGGAUAAAAUCUAUAUACCGCGCUUUCGCUUAGACGGUAAAUACCAGAUGGUCGGAAGUGUCUUAAUAAUACCGUUGCAUGGAAACGGCAACAUAUUUAUAGAGAUUGAUGAUCUAGACAUUCUGCUUAAUGCCAAGACGCGACUAUACGAGAAGGGCGGCUACACCUUCUACAAUGUGACUGACGUGAGCGUCAAGCUGAAGGUGGGCCAUGUGCGCACGUAUUUGGACAAUUUGUUCAAUGGGCACAGCAAGGAGGUGGAGCAGAGCACAAAUGAGUUCUUCAAUGAGAACUGGAGAAGUUUCUUCGAGACGUUCCGUCCACUGAUCAAGGAAACUCUGCAGAGCACAUUGUUCGAUCUGUUGAAGAAGAUGUUCAGUCUGAUGCCAGCCAAUUUUUUCGUAGAGGAUAUACCCAAUUCGCUGCAGCUCUACGGUCGCAAAUCACGUCUAACAGCAUAAUAUUAUUUACUUAUUGAGAGGAUUUUA